UUCCCCUUGGAAGCCUUCUGUCCUGCCUCCUCCACUAGAAAGAGGCCUUCUUGCUUUCCCUCUGAACACAGCAUCCUUGGGUCACAUCUUGGCAGCUCACUGUAAGCGUAAGACUCCUGUGAGAUGUGAAAAUGAACACAGGACUUCUAAAGUAGCCAAGAUUAUACAAGAUGACAUUUGCAAAACAAACAUUAAUGCACAAAAUACAAGACAGAGCAGCAUGCAAAUGGUGAGCAGUGCUGCAGCGCUUCAUGCAAUCCCUGCUCACCACUCACAAACCCAAGGUGGGGGUACAGUGAGCCCCACCCCUCCACUCAGAAGCUUGCUCCUUAUGGAGAAUGCUAAGGGCCAUCAAUCCCUGAGCCAUCCAGCACCAGGCCCAACACAGUCCCCUCCUCCCAGGAAAGGCCCAGGCUGGCUGUUCCCAAUUCCCCCACCCUAGACCAUCAGAGGCCUGCUCUGGUCCAAGGCCCUGGGCCUCCACAUGCAUCUCAAAGCCAACUGGCUUCUCUAACAGCAACCGUCUUAAAAAUGACUUGGGUUGUACAAGGCCUGCCCAUGAUUUAGAGAAAAGCUCAUGACAUUCUCUCCUUUCCUGACUUAGCCAUUCUCAGCGGUUGCUUGCUUGGUUAUGUUACCAACGUUUGUAUCUAUCCUCCUCCACACCUGCCUACCCUGGACCCUCGGUACAUCCCCUAGCACUACCUACCCUCCUAUCCACACACACACACCUAUUCACCAGGUCUGUGGCUCAUCUGCCCACUCUGCCCAAAGACCCUUGCCAACUCCUGACCCCACACAUGGAACUGCUCUCAUCCAGCAGACUGGGACCACCACUGGACUGACUGGACCUGGGCAGCUUCCACUGAUUUCAGGGUCACAAGCUCACAGGAGGUUUUCUUCAAACCCCAAAGAAAGGGCAGGGAAUCGGCUCUCGUGAAAUGAGGAACACACAGGACCAGUUCCCAAGGCCUGAUAAGGAAACAGGCUUGGGAAUGGACCUGGAUCACCUCCCUUUGGGCCUCGCUGGUGACAAUGAAGCCACAGCAAGAAGGAGGGCCAGGGAGGGUUACCACAGGCCUGAAUGCCAGCUUCAUUCCAGUGGGUGGGGAGGGGGUGCUCCUUCUAGGCCUUCCUGGCUUGCAGGGGCCCCAUUGCCCACAGCCUAGUCCCCACUCCCAGCAGCCUGGCUUUAUGACUUCAUUCGCUGGUCACUUGGUGACAGUGCUGAGCGCUCCACUCCUCCAAGUCCAGGCCAGCCCAACCAGACGCCUCCCCACAGUGGGAAUGAGGACAAUGCUUGCUGGCCCGGGUCGGGAGGGGAUGCAGAGGGCGGCGGCACCGGCCGCUCCUGGCACCAUGGACGAUGCCGCGGUCCUAAGGAAGAAGGGUUACAUCGUAGGAAUCAAUCUGGGCAAGGGCUCCUAUGCAAAAGUCAAAUCUGCCUACUCUGAGCAACUCAAAUUCAAUGUGGCAGUCAAGAUCAUAGACUUCAAGAAAACACCCACUCACUUUGUGGAGAGAUUCCUUCCUAGGGAGAUGGACAUCCUGGCGACUGUCAACCACCGUUCCAUCAUUAAGACCUACGAGAUCUUUGAAACCUCUGGUGGACGCAUCUACAUUAUCAUGGAGCUGGGCGUCCAGGGCGACCUCCUCGAGUUCAUCAAGUGCCGAGGAGCCCUGCAUGAGGAUGUGGCACGUAAGAUGUUCCGCCAGCUCUCCUCAGCCGUCAAGUACUGCCAUGAUCUGGAUGUUGUCCACCGAGACCUCAAGUGCGAGAACAUUCUGCUUGACAAGGACUUCAACAUCAAGCUGUCUGACUUCGGCUUCUCCAAGCGCUGCCUGCGGGACGGGAGUGGGCGCAUCGUCCUCAGCAAGACCUUCUGUGGGUCAGCGGCUUAUGCGGCCCCCGAGGUUCUGCAGGGCAUCCCCUACCAGCCCAAGGUGUAUGACAUCUGGAGCCUGGGUGUGAUCCUGUACAUCAUGGUCUGUGGCUCUAUGCCCUAUGAUGACUCUAACAUCAAAAAGAUGCUGCGCAUCCAGAAGGAGCACCGAGUGGACUUCCCACGCUCCAAGAACCUGACUGGUGAGUGCAAGGAUCUCAUCUACCAGAUGUUACAGCCCGAUGUCAACCGGCGGCUGAACAUUGAUGAGAUUCUCAGCCACUCAUGGCUACAGCCCCCCAAGCCCAAAGCCAUGUCUUCUGCUUCCUUCAAGAGGGAGGGGGAGGGCAAGUAUCGAGCUGAGUGCAAGCUGGAUACUCGACCAGGCUCAAGACCUGAACACCGGCCUGACCACAAACUGGGGGCCAAACCCCAGCACCGGAUGAUGGUGGCACCCGAGAAUGAAGACAGGAUGGAGGAGAGGCUGGCUGAGACUUCCAGAGCUAAAGACCAUCACAUCUCUGGAGCUGAGGUGGAGAAAGCAAGUACCUAGUGGUGGAGUGGGCCCUGGGGGGUCAUGGUGUGCAGUUUGCACUCACAUAAGCUAAAUAGGCAGGUAGGAGCUGAAGAAGGCACAGGCGCAAGGAACAAGUAAAAUCCGUCAAUUAAACCACUCUUUUGAUUAUGUUCUAUUAGCUUUCUUCCACUUAGUAGCAAAGACAUUAAUACUGACCACCAAAUAAACCACAAAGUGUAUACAAGCAUUGAGAGUGCCCAGUGGGGAGUCUUUUUCUCUAGGACUCAUCCAGCGCGGGGAUCUCUAGCAUAGGGGUCCAGGAACUCAGGCCCAGGCAGACUCAUUGAGGCCUGUGGCGGAGGGGACCUCUGUCAUAGUCCUCUUGCCAGGCUCACACUUGGCAGCCUCUGGCCUCUCCCACCCCCAGGCUUCCAGGCGUAGACUGCACCAUGCUUCCCCCUCAUCUAACGCAAUACAAGCUAUCCUGACCGUCUUGUCCUUACCCAGGUCAGAUUCCGUUAACCCCAAAGAGGCGAUCAAAAUUAACGAGCUUUGCUGCCUAAGCCUCACCCUCACCACUCCCAGGUGACCCGCUGACAGCUUGUGGCCGUCUUCCCCAUCCUGUAGAGCUGUGGUGCUGCAACCCCCAGCAUCCCUCAAUGUCAUUUCCUGGUUACCACCCCUCCCUAAAGAUUCCCUCAUGCUGGCCAGAUGCUUGAGGUGGUCAGCAUCUGGGCAGCAGCCAUCCCCACUCUCUGCUUCCCACUCACUGGAUAAUCCCUUGGAUUAAGGCUCAACCUUCCCUAAGAGACAACAGUACCAAAGUCCUUAGCCUGGGAUCCCAGCUGCAGCCCUGCGGCUCCAGGGCACAGGAACUCACUGUGGGGAACUUCUGGUUAGCAGAGGCCUGACCUAGUUUGUUUCUAUUGCCAAGAUUGCCGGGCGGUGGUGGCGCACGCCUUUAAUCCCAGCACUCGGGAGGCAGAGCCAGGCGGAUCUCUGUGAGUUCGAGGCCAGCCUGGUCUUCAAAGCGAGUUCCAGGAAAGGCGCAAAGCUACACAGAGAAACCCUGUCUCGAAAAACCAAAAAAAAAAAAAAGAAAUUUCAAAGACACCAGAGCCCCACGGCACGACAGCUGUACUUAGGUUGGAGAAGGUGGGUCUGUUGGACCCCAUCCUAGCACAGGGCCAGGGGUGCCGAGGGAAGAAAACAGUCGGGGUUUCCAAGACUUCCUAAAUCCUAGUGCAAACCUAAGGUGUCUUCAUAGGCCUUUGUUGCAUUACAGCAGCCGGCACUGAGUGUGGAGGCCAGUGUGCCGUGAGGCAAAAGAGCAACUAUGCAUCAAGGCCACACCCACUCUCGCCUGCCUCCCUGCAGAGACUGCAGGCCUGGAGUCCAGAACCUCCCCA